GACGAAUGAUGCAAAUUAGCUUUUAGCAUUAGGAAUAUUUCCAUUAGUCUGAGCCUGGAGCUUCAUUUAAAUCCAUUAGAGUCAACAGCGCAAAUUAAGAGUAAUCGAGGCACAUUUCAAUGCAAAGCCAUCGAUUUAGGUAAUAGUUUAUUCAUGUAGGGGCAUUAAAUUGUGCGCAAUCUAAUAAACAACCCCUGCCCCCCGCGGCCCGCACGCGCCACCCCCCGCGGCCUUGAGCUCCGUCCAGCUGUAUGUGUAGCUAUAGCUGGUCCUGUACCGAGUCCUGCUCGUCCUAUGGCGUCGCAGCGCUCUCACACACCCCGCCGUGCCCCCGCCCUCGCGCGCAUGCUCACUACUUUGACAGCUCCACUGAGCCAACACGUCUCCAAUAUUUUCCACUCUAAAAACGCAGUUAGCUGCGUUCUAUUUUCAAUUCGCAACAAGAUCUGCAUGUUCCAAUUCAAGAUUAGUGCGUGUGCAGUGAGGGAUUGAGGGCAGCGCAGCGAUGAGUGCCCUGGAGCCCGACUGAGUCACCAUGGUGGCCAACAUCGGCGUCAUCAUCCCUGCUAAUGUGGAGGCGACCGCGUACAUAAGCGCGGUGGCGGGGUUCGCGGCGCUGGUGCUGAUAGUGCUGCUGUUCCUGAGCCGCCGCUGGUGCUACUCGGCGCUCCUUGGCCGCAAGUGCUGCGACGAUGUGCUCGCCGUCAGCGUGAGGGCACCCCCCAUACUCGACCAUGCACAGAUUGAUGCUUUGUCGAAACCGAUCCAUUAUCCCGAAAGAAUUUUCGCAUUCGAGACUUCCGAUUCCGACGAAGAGCUGCGGUUGCGCAUACAACAGACGAAUGAGGACGUGGAAUGCCACUACGAGGAGAAGAACGAGAACGCGGCUGUCUCCAGCAAGCCGCUGGACGUGGAGCUGGUGGAGACGGCGCUCCGGGAGGUGUCUCUGAGAGAGACCAGGAUCGAUGACGUCAUCGCGCCCCGCGCCGCAUACAUCCACACGCUGGAAGCACAGAGCAGCGUCGACAGUGACGUCAUCGCUCAUAAUGAUACAUCACUCCUCUGCAGCGACGGUGGCGCCGGCGGGCAGGAGCGGGGGUCUCUAGAACUAACGCUGCUCUACGACGCUCCCGUCAGGAGUAUGACGGUGCAUGUCCUUCAAGCGAGAACUCUUCCUUCCAAAAACACCAGCGUAGCUCUGCAGAGCCAGGUUCGCAUCGUUUUGCUUCCGUUGAAGAAGCAAAAGUUCAAGACAAAGAUUCGCUAUGGCGAGAACCCUCAGUACAUGGAGAGCUUCGUGUUUCAUAAGAUUAAUCCAGAGGACGUGCACGGCCUAGGCCUGCGCGUGCGCGUGUACGGCUGCGAGCGCAUGCGGCGCCACCGCCUGCUGGGCGAGGCGGCCGUCAGCUUCGCGGCUCUGAACCUGGAGCUGGAGAACAGCCUGUGGCUGCAGCUGGCGCCGCGGCAGCACCAUCAUGCUAGCCAGCCGCGCCCGGCGAUGCAGCUACCAAAACUGGAGCCGGACCGUCAGAUGACGGGGGUCCUCGCGAGCCCGGUGUCCGUGGCCACGGUGACGUCACCGACCAGCGGCGAGGCGUGCUCCCUGGCUCGCUCCGAGUCAGCCUCGUCCUGCUGCAGCGCCAGGUCAGCCCCCGAGCUGCUGCUGGGGCUGAGUUACAGCCCUACGACCGGGCAUUUGAGUGUUGAGAUAAUAAAAGGCGUGCAAUUCCGCAAGUUAUCGGGCAACAAGUCGCCGGACACGUACGUGAAGCUGUCGCUGGUCAGCUCGCUGGGGCUGGAGAUGGGCCGCUGCAAGUCCACCACCAGGAGGAACAUGUCCAACCCGCUCUACAAGGAGCUCUUCAUAUUUCAGGUAGCAUUAUUCCAACUGAGCGAGGUAACACUGAUGGUGUCAGUCUGGUGGCGCCGCAGCGUCAAGCGCAAUGAGAUGGUGGGCUGGUUCUCGCUGGGCCUCAACUCGUCGGGCCGCGACGAGCAACGGCACUGGGCCGACGUGUGCGAGCGGCAGGGCGAACAGGUGCAGCGCUGGCACGUCUUGCUGGAUUCCUGACGGUCAGAGACAUAGCGGUGCGGCGCCGCCCCCGCCUGAACUGUGCGCCCCCGCGCGACCAGCGCCCCCACUCGGCCCGGCGACCCUCGACAGCCACCCGGCACGACGGCGUCAAUGCCUUCGCGGACUCUGCUGAUGCAGCCCGCUUUCAAUCCGACGAGUUGCGAUAAGGUUUUGUGAUCAUAAUUAAUGGUUGGGUAAAGCUAAUGUUUGAUUUGGAACAGUGGAAUCUCGUUGGAUCGUUCUGAUAUUAUGUAUGAUAUUUAUGAAAACGGGCACGAAUGGUAUGAUUAAGAGUUGACUAAAUGUCGGUACCCAAAUGGUACAUAAAUUGCUGCACUCAUGUG